GUUGCUUCUUCGUCGCGCUGCAUUAUUAAUGAUUGCCGUGUCAUUUUUCGGACAAUCGGUAGUCUUGUCGCAAACCUUCUCGCAGAUGGGACGCUGGAAAAUGUUGUCGAACGUGUAUUGAGUGACGGAUUUGGCGUCGCAAAUGCACGAAAGACCUGAAAAGAGACAGAAAAUUGGACAAAUAUUAGUUUUGACACCCACUUGAUGCACAAUAUAGCGUCAUUAAAGAUAAUUUUCCGAUCAAUUGUGGAAAAGUCAUUAAAUCGUAAUUACUCGUAUCGAUGAAAUUGAUGCCCCUCACGGGUUAACAAAGUUAUUAUUGCGCUGACAAUCAAAAAUUACGUAAUUCAAGCAGACUGGAGUAUCGUGUUUUCAUUAAAUAAGCAAGUGCGAUUUCGCAAAUUUUUCACAUUUCAUCCUAACUUUAUUUUUUCAAAAAAUUCAGUGAAUGAAUCAUCACAUCCGUUUCCUUUUUGUCGUUUUCAUUACCGUUUUUGCUCAGUUUCGUACAAAACUUCAUUCAAAAUGUGCUUUGAUGUCACCGAAGUAUCGUUCGAUAAACCUGGAAGAGAAUAUCAUCCCGGAGAGCAAUUAAAUUGCGAAAUCAUCGUGAUCCCAACUUGCAUGUGGAACAUUUUCAAACUCGAUUCAAUUUCUGUGAACGUCACUUGUCCUUACGAGAAAAUUCCUGUGCCGUAUUUCCAGUUAUCUAGACUUGCGAAUUUUGAUGCUCCAGCUCACGAAAGACUUAGACUCUCGCGUCAAGCAUCGAGUUCGAGACGAAGUGAGAUGGAGGAACUCAUUUGCAGGGACUUUGAGUUGUCGAACGGGCUGAAUCGGUUUAAUGUGUCGUUUAAAGUGCCGAAUGUGUCGAAUGGAACAUUUAGAACUCAUGACCAACUAAUCCGCUGUAAAAUGCAAAUAAUUUUAUACAUUCGAUAUUUACCGCGGAUCCCAAUCUUUUUCACCAACGAAUGGUUCGUCCUUACGCCAUCGAAUAUCAAGGAAACGAAGGAAAAACUCCGAAAUGUGGCUUUACGACUCAUUAAUAACCUUGAAAAUUGACAUUGACUCCCAUUGAAGGACUAUUUUUAGCGAAAUUGUGUUACAACAGCGGAACAUUCCACUUCCUUUCACGCUUCAUCGCUCAAUAAAUUGUGCCAUCAACACCUUAAUUAUCGAUGUUUUGAUUCCUCCUCGGUGCUUUUGUCUUUCGUGUAACAUUUAU